AUGGCGAUGCUCACAUCCCGCAUCAACCUCCUGCCGACCUCGAGGGCACUCGCGAGCGGCGUACCCCUCGCGCCCAAGAUUUCGUUUGCGGUCCCCUCGGCGGGUCAUGAGCACGGUGGACGGGCGGAUGCGAUCCCCAAGUUUGCUGGGAGGAGUACUGGCGUUCUAAGCUUGAGCCGCGUCAACGCCCUCCCCACAUCACCUUCCUCCCCACGGUACAUCCACACCUCCCCCCGCACUCCCGCAUCCGCCACCAACGCCAACGGCGUCCCCGAUUUCUCCCCGUACCGCGCGAAGGGUCAGGGCGAGACCAACAAGACCUUGUCGUAUUUCAUGGUCGGAUCGCUCGGUGUGCUCGCUGCCAGCGGAGCCAAGAGCACCGUCGCGGAUAUCCUGAGUAACAUGGCGGCGUCGGCGGAUGUGUUGGCUUUGGCCAAGAUUGAGGUCGAGAUGAAGUCUAUUCCGGAGGGCAAGAACCUCAUCGUCAAGUGGCGAGGAAAGCCCGUCUUCAUCCGUCACCGGACGGCGGACGAGAUUGACGAGGCCAACCAGGUCGACGUCAAGACAUUGCGGGACCCCCAGGCGGACGAUGAUCGUGUUCAGCGGCCAGAGUGGCUGGUCAUGUUGGGUGUCUGCACACAUCUCGGUUGUGUCCCCAUCGGCGAGGCAGGUGACUACGGAGGAUGGUUCUGCCCUUGCCACGGUUCCCACUACGAUAUCUCGGGCCGUAUCCGUCGUGGACCGGCACCGCUCAACCUCGAAAUCCCAGAAUAUCAGUUCAACGAUGAUGAGGAGAAGCUUGUCAUUGGUUAG